CGCACGCGCAGAGCCCUCCCGGCCGUUGCUGCCGGUACCGGGGCCGGGGGGCGUGGCCAGGGCGUGCGUCAUCAGCCGCGCGCCUCUCUUCCGCCGCGGCCUAGCGCGCAGGCGCGGUGGGGUCUGUUUAGGGGCCGGGUGGGGGUGACCGAUCGACCGACCGACCGGGGGUUGCUGGUGGCGGCGGUGGAGGGCACAAUGGCGGUGAACUACAGCGCGAAGGAAGAAGCGGACGGGCACCCCUCGGGCGGCGUCGGGAUGCCGGGCGGCGGGGCGGUGGGGGGCGGCGGCGGCAGCGGGGCGGUGAAAACCCGCAAGCCCGAUAACACGGCGUUCAAGCAGCAGCGGCUGCCGGCCUGGCAGCCCAUCCUGACGGCGGGGACGGUGCUGCCCGCCUUCUUCAUCAUCGGCCUCAUCUUCAUCCCCAUCGGCAUCGGCAUCUUCGUCACCUCCAACAACAUCCGCGAGUACGAGAUUGACUAUACGGGAACAGAGCCUUCUAGUCCCUGCAACAAAUGUUUAAAUGUGUCCUGGGACAGCACAGCACCUUGUAAUUGCACUAUCAAUUUCACACUGGAACAUUCAUUUGAGAGCAAUGUAUUCAUGUAUUAUGGACUUUCCAACUUCUAUCAAAACCAUCGUCGUUACGUGAAAUCUCGAGAUGACAGCCAGCUAAAUGGAGAUAACAGUUCACUACUUAAUCCAAGUAAGGAGUGUGAGCCUUACCGCACAAAUGAGGACAAACCCAUUGCUCCUUGUGGAGCUAUUGCCAACAGUAUGUUUAAUGAUACAUUGGAAUUAUUCCGCAUUGAAAACAACACAAGGACUCGUAUUACUUUGGUUAAAAAAGGCAUUGCAUGGUGGACAGAUAAAAAUGUCAAGUUCAGAAAUCCUACUGGAGAUGGAAAUAACUUAACUGCACUUUUCCAAGGCACAACAAAACCUGUGAACUGGCCCAAGCCAGUGUAUUUGCUGGACUCUGAGCCUGACAACAAUGGUUUUAUCAAUGAAGACUUCAUUGUGUGGAUGCGGACUGCUGCCCUGCCAACGUUUCGCAAGCUGUAUCGGCUCAUUGAAAGGAAGGAUAAUUUACAGCCUACCCUGCAGGCUGGGAAAUAUUCUUUGGAUAUCACAUACAAUUAUCCUGUACACAGUUUUGAUGGACGAAAAAGAAUGAUCCUAAGCACCAUCUCCUGGAUGGGAGGCAAAAACCCCUUUCUGGGAAUCGCUUACAUUACUGUUGGGUCCAUAUGUUUCUUCUUAGGAGUUGUAUUGCUGAUCAUCCAUCACAAAUAUGGCAAUCGCAACACUAGUGCAGACAUUCCCAAUUAACCUUGCAUUCUGAAAAUAAAUGUACUGCAUGUGCAUCAAGGCCAGUCCAGAAUGGAACCAGUUUUUGAAAGACAAAUCUCUGCUUCUGUCACACUGAGGCUGGGUGCAUAAUUUUUAUCUAAAGCUCCCUUUUCCCAUACUGUGGAUUAACUUCUGAAAAUGACGGGUAUACAAUUAGCUCUAUUGAUUGUAUCUCUGCCUGUGUCAGAAACAGGUUUUCUGAUAUUUGCCUGUAAGCAGACAGGCCAAACGAUGCAUAUAGCUCCUGUUCCCUUGAUGCAUCUGCUGCUUGUUCAUGUGCUGUGUAAUGUCAGUAUGAUUCAGUACACAUAGGUUGCGUGCAGAAAGUCUUAAAGUAUAAAUUGUUAACUUUCUGGAAUUCAGGUGUCAGCACUAUGGAAAAGAAAAGUCAAGUCUUUAAUGUUUUUGGGUUUUUUUUGUUUUUGUUUUUUUUUUUUCCUAUUUACUGUCUUGUGUGCAUGGGCUAUUACAUUUCUUGCUGAGAUUUUAAUAUAUUUAUAUAAGUUGUUAAAUAUUUUUCUUGUGUCCUACCCACCUCUGUCAUGUUAAAAACUUUUAAGUGCUGUGUGAAAUUCAGCACUCAGGAUUCUUUGCAUAUUUAGAAUAUAUGUGCCUGGCCAGUAAACUAGCAUUCUAUGAAGGUAUCAGAAAACCUAUUUGUUAAUUAUCUUUGUGAGUCCCUUUUAAAGUUUGUUCUAAAUCAGGAAAUGUUUGUUGCAGGUAGACUCUGCUUUUUUCAUCAUUUUCUUUGCUUUAAGUCAUAUCCAGUACUAGUUCACCUGUUGUGCUUGCUGGUUUUGCUUUUUGUGAGCAGCUCGAAGUGUUAAUGGAGAAGACCCUGAAAGGUUUUUCAGCUGAUAAAUUUGGGUGAAUUAACUUUUCCUGGAGGAGUUUCCUAAUUUUCUCAAGGCAUGCGUAUUCUAAACAGGCUUUGUUGUAAAGGAAUUGUCAUAUGGUUUUUCCUUAUUUGAAGUAAACACCACACUAAAUUUUUGCAGUGUUGAGAUAGUAAACUGUAGAAAUUCAGAAGCUGAGAUGGCAGUAACCUCUUUGUUGAGAUGGAGGUUGAGCUUGCUGUGAAGCCUAAUUUAAGUAUGCCAGUUAGAGACAAUGUGCAGGUUAGUGUCUUAAAUUACAGAAGGGUUCACUUUUAGGUUAAUUCAAAAUUAAAAUCCUACAUUUUGGUGACUUUUUUUUUUAGAUGAUGUGCAGAAAUUGUAAUGUAUAUGGUGGAGAUCACUUUAUAUGCAACUAGCUUGAUUAAAUAUUGAGUAUAUUAAAGACUAUAAUAAAGUCUACAAACCAUUUAGUAA